CAGAGUCCAUUCCCGACCCUGACUCUUUUCCCUCUACCCUGAGAAGACUUCUUCCCCACCCCCAUUUCUUUCACUUUCCUACGGCGAUUUGGUGAUGGGUAUCUUCCGCCUCACAGAGAGGGAAGCAUGAAACCGGUGAGAGUCUUGGCCUCUCGGGAAGAGGCGGCGAGAGAACAUGCAGCCUUGCGUAGCUCCUCAGCUGCCCCUGUGUAAUCAGCUUCGGUUCUGGAAAUUGGGCAGGGGGUGCUGAUGUCGUUGACUGUUCUUCAGCAUACCAUGCAGAAGUAACAUGUUCCCAGCAUUGGAAACAGAACUAAAGCAGGAGACCCUUCCUGAUCCCUAUGAAGAUUUUAUGUACCAUCAUCUCCAGUACUAUGGCUAUUUUAAAGCUCAGAGAGGUGGUUUACCAAACUCUACUACACACCAGCAUGUUUGGAAGAAUAACCCUCGAUUCCUGUUGAAUGGCUCUUUUGGGGAAAGAGAUGAUUUGAUACCGGACCCCCUGCAGAAGGAGAAGCUUCUCUAUUCACUUAUGCUGAAUUCACCACUUCUUAAGAGCAGACAGCUUCUUUAUGAUGAGUUGAGUGGAGUAAACCCACGUCUUCGAGAGCCAAGAGAUCUCUUUGCCUUUAUCUCUAGCAGUGGGUCACUUCAGGCUCCAAGAUGGCCAAUAGAAUGUGAGGUCAUCAAGGAAAACAUUCAUCAUAUUGAGUGGGUUCCUCCUCAUGCGGAAUAUUUCUAUCAACCUACAGGGAAUGAAAAGAUACCAGAAAUUGUAGGAGAGGAAAAAGGCAGAGUUGUCUAUGAAUUAGAUUCAGGUAUUGUCAUUACACUGAACAGUGAGUGAUUACUCAUGACAAAGUUAUAAUAAUGGAAAAUUCAUAGUUUAGUGAUUAACUGUCUUUUUCCAGACCAAACUGAGUGGGACCCCUGAUAUUCAUGACCAGUCAACUUUAAAAUUUCAUUCGUUUUUUAAAAUGACAGUACAUUUUUCUUAAUGUCUUCAGUCCAUUUAUACCUUCUUCCUUGUUCUUUCCCUUCCUGAAAACCAAAUGUUGGCUCAUCUUUGGGGAGCUUGCUUUUCUUUUUUCCACCUCCUGCAUGAAGGAGUACUUUGUUGUACGUGCAUCUGGCUGUCAUUUACU